CAUCAUUUUGUCAGUGUCAAACAAAAAAGAAAAAUAUAUUGUUAGUGUAAACGAAAAACAACAAAUUAAAAUGAUAAAAUGGAGAUAUUGACACGAAUAGUACCUGCAAAUCUAUUUAGAUUAACUACAUCUAGGCUAAUAUUAACAAAUGUAGCACAUUAUACAAGGUUGGCAGAAGUUGGGAAGUUGGAGGCGCCAAAGACAACAGGAAAAUAUGAUACGGGUCAGCUUAUUUUGCAUAAAGUGUUCGGGUACAGAGGCGUUAUAUUAUUUCCUUGGUUAGCAAGAGUUUACGAUAGAGAUGCCACAAACAAGAAAGAAAGCGUAGAAAAUUCUAAUCCUUCAAAAACUGGUGAUACUUUAUCAAACGUUAGCAAGGAAUUUAAGGGAAGAACACAUACGUUUUACCAAGUUCUCAUAGAUACCAGGGAUGCCCCUUACAUACGGGCCCAGACGGAGGCGGUGACCUUCCUCGGCAACCAGGAGUCGAGCCGUAGCCUAUACGCGAUCCCUGGGCUGGAUUACGUCGCGCAUGAUGACAUCAUACCUUACACCUCGCUAGAGCGCGUGCCCCUACAGCACGAGCUCUUUGAUAAGUUCCUCAUGCAUAAUCCCGACAAAGACCCACCGUUCAUAGCGCAAGAGACUCUCCGCGCUUGGCAGAAGAAGAACCACCCGUGGCUGGAGCUGAGCGACGUGCAUCGCGAGACCACUGAAGGCGUGCGAGUUACCGUCAUACCUUUCUACAUGGGCAGCAGGGAGUCGCAGAACUCUGCUGUUUACUGGUGGCGGUACUGCAUCCGCCUGGAGAACCUGGGUGCGCAGGCCGUGCAGCUGCGCGAGCGGCACUGGCGCAUCUUCUCGCUGUCGGGGACGCUGGAGACGGUGCGGGGGCGCGGCGUGGUCGGCCAGGAGCCGGUGCUGGCGCGUCACGCGCCCGCCUUCCAGUACAGCAGCCACGUCAGUCUGCAGGCGCCCAGCGGACAUAUGUGGGGCACGUUUAGAAUGGAGCGUGAGGAUGGAUACACCUUCGACUGCCGCAUACCGCCCUUCUCUUUGGAGAGCAAGCCGGACGAAGGCUCGCCAAUGUCGCCCACGCCCAGCGCAUGACCACA